GGACGCCGGCUGUUCCCUACAGUCAUUGACGACUUGGCUGCAUCAACUCCAGAUCGCAUCAUCUACGAAUACGUGAGGGGGAAAAAAGCGACUGAUGGGCUGGAGAAGGUGUCGUGCCAAAGAUAUGCGAAUGCAAUUUCCCGAGCUGCCUGGUUCUUGGAUGAUGAGUUUGGUCAAAGUCCGAGAGGCGAAGUGAUAGGAUACAUUGGUCCAGGCGAUGUCCGAUACCUCAUCUUCACCGUGGCAGCCGUCAAGACGGGACGCACUAUGCUGUUCUUGUCCCCCAAGAACAGUCUGGAGGGACACCGAGCGGUUCUGGAAAGCGCCGAAUGCCACCAUUGGCUCGCCAACGCGCAAGACGACCAUCUAGCCGACUCCCUAUUCGCAGUGCGCCCGCAUGUUGCAAUCUCGCCAAGCCUGGACGAGCUGCUACGAGUUGAGCCCGUGAAACAGUAUCCUUAUCGCAAGAGCUUCGAAGAGGCAAGACAAGAUCCCUGUUGGAUGCUUCACACCAGCGGGAGCACAGGGUUACCGAAGCCGGUGACUCGAUACAUGCCCAGCACGGCCUCGAACGAGUCGCACCUGCUUUGCGGCCCAAUCGAUGGACAGCCUUUGCUCAUUGAUGAGACGAUCGACGCUCGCGUUUAUGUCACGUUCCCCUUGUUCCAUUCGGCAGGUUUGAGCAAUGCCUUGCUUUGGCCAAUUUAUUGCAAUCGAACGGCAAUCUUUGGCCCACAUGUGCCCCUCACGACCACGGUCUUGGAGGACAUGAUGGAUCACGCCCGUCCGGACAUUAUUCUUACAGCUCCACUGGUCGUGGAAGACAUGGUAAAGAGUGAGAGUACCAUGGAGCGCCUGUCCAAGCUUCGCGCCGUCUCAUUUGGAGGCGGCCCGCUUUCUCAGGAGAUUGGCGAUGUGAUAUGCCAAAGAACAAAGCUCAUCCUAAUCAUGGGUACCUCGGAGGCCGGAUGGCUUACCUGCGUCGAUACCGACCGGCAGGACUGGAACUACCUGCACUUCCAUCCAAAAACCGGCCUUGAGCUCAGGUCACAUCCGUCGGGUCUGUCUGAGUUGUGGGCGGUACGCAAGCCUGAACUGACUCAGUGGCAAACAGUCUUUACGACAUUCCCCAAUCUCCAAGAGUACUGCUUCAAAGAUCUCUUCUCCCCUCACCCCACAAAGAAGGAUCUUUGGCACUACGAGGGGCGAGCGGACAAUAUAAUCGUCUUAUCAAGUGGCGAGAAAUUCAAUCCCACGUCGAUGGAACUCGUGAUUGGCGUCAACCCACUGGUAUCUUCAGUCUUGAUCUGUGGCCAGGCUCGACUCCAAAUAGCUGCAAUCAUGGAACUAGCUGACCACGUUGACGCCGAGAAAGGCCGCGAUGAGUUGUUGCACGAGCUUGCGCCGGCUAUCCGAAAGGCUAACGAAGACGCACCAAAACACGCACAACUCUCAAACGACUACAUCAUCUUCGCCUCCCGAGACAAACCAUUUCUCAGAGCUGGUAAAGGAACAGUGCAGAAACAAUUGACGCUCGACGUCUACCAGAAAGAGAUCGACGAUAUGUACACUAAAGGCGGCAUCGCCUCGCAAGUACAGCUAUUCGACGCCUCAAGCAGGGAAAGCCUGGUGUCGGAUAUCCGCAAGCUUGUCGUGCGUGACGUAGGCUUCUCAGACCUGGACGACAACUACGACUUCUUCGCGGGCGGAGCCGAUUCUCUACAGGCCAUUAGCCUCCUCAAGCACAUUCGCAGUGGCAUGGCGGAUCAAUCGUCCGUCCUGAAAAGCCUCAACAUCGCUGUCGUCUACGAGCACCCGUCCGUCAACGCUCUUACUGACGUUUUGUUCUCCAUGAUAUAUCAGAAUGGGUCUACGAUGUCGGAUGUUGCGGGAGAGAUGCAGCCGCAAAAGAAGGUUCACGAGAUGAAAGCGAUGCUCGCAAAAUACUCGUGUGGAGCCCAUAGCGCCUCGCAGUCUCCAGCAAAGAUGUCAGCGCGUGAAGGUUCCGGCGUGGUCAUUUUGACGGGCAGCACCGGCUCACUGGGCAGUUACAUGCUCGACCAACUGAUAAGCGCUGAGGAUGUGAGAGAGAUAUGGUGUCUGAACCGGUCGUCUUCCGGCGAAGAGCGACAGACGGAACUUGCAAAUCACAGAGGUCUACGCGCGGAGUGGAGUGUACGCAAGAAGGUCCACUUCCGACAGGCCGACCUUUCCAAAGUCAUGCUCGGACUUGAUGAAGGGGACUACCAGUACCUGAAAUCACAAGCCACCCAUAUCAUUCAUAAUCAGUGGCAAGUAGACUUCAACCUCUCUCUAGCGUCCUUCGAGCCCCAUGUUGCAGGCGUGCAUAACCUGAUCCGCUUCUGGGCGGAAUCUUCGUCCGCAGCGCGACUUGCGUUCGUCUCGUCGGUGGGCGUGGCCGAGCAUUGGGUCGGGUCAGAAGUGCCUGAGGAGGCAAUCACUGAUCUCUCUACGGCGGCCAUGGGAUACGGGCAGUCUAAACUCGUGGCGGAGGCUCUCAUCGUGGAAAGUGCCGUGGCGAUGGCAGUCCCGUCAAUGAUAUUGAGGGUCGGCCAGAUUGCCGGCCCUGUUGGUGCUGGAGAUGGUUUAGGACGCAAGGGGGUGUGGAAGCGGAAUGAAUGGUUUCCUACGAUCAUCAAAGUGUCAAGACAUCUGGGCGUUCUGCCUGCAUCGCUUGGCAAGCAGGACAAAGUGACCUGGAUCCCUGUCGAUGUCCCCGCGACCGUCCUCCUAGAGCUGACACUGCAAGACUACGACAGUAAGGCAAAUCUGUUCGUGUAUAACCUUACAAACCCGAGAGAAGCCUCAUGGAACAAUUUGUUUCCAGUCAUACAGAGGCAGCUUGCUGCAAAGUGCGGAUCCCAGACGGUAGAGGUUGUACCGUGGGAGGACUGGGUUGCGCUGCUCGAAAGCGCUGCGACCCAGAAAGAGGCUAGCAACAAUGUGAUGCCCGGUAUCCAACUGCUGCCGUUCUUCCAAAGUAUGAAUCACGGCGGGAGAACGAAGAAGAGGUUUGCAACUGCGAAAGCACAAGAGAGAAGUCCUACGCUGAGAGGACUUGAGCCGGUGGAUGUUGUGUGGAUGGAGACUUGGAUGGAGCAGUGGGAUACUUGCUGA